AUCGUGUUAUUUACAGCAGAAUAUUUCAUUUUUCAUAUAAUCGUAUAACUAUUAUUUAAUAUUAAAUGUUAAUUCUUAUUUCUUAAAUUUCUUUAAGUAUUUUGUAUUUUUGUCCAAAAAACGUGCUUGCAUCCUAUAUACUAAAUUAAAUAUGUUACUGAAUAUUAGCAAGUUGACCUGCAAAAUAAAACCAUUAAUGAGUUAUAGGGUUUAUUCUAAGAAAAUAGAUGAAAUACUACCAAAAAACUUAUUAGAAGAUGUCUAUACAGCAGCACAACAAAAGCAAUUGGGUGUAAUUUAUGAUAAAAGGCCAUUUAAAAUUACACUAGAGAAAGACAAAAAGUAUAAUUGGUGUUCUUGUGGUAUGAGUCGACAACAGCCAUUUUGCGAUGGUACUCAUAAAAAUCAAAAAUUUCGAAUAACAAUGAAACCAGUUCGAGUUCAAGUAGCAGAAACCAAAGAAUAUUGGUUAUGCAAUUGUAAACAAACAUCUCAUCGACCAUUUUGUGAUGGCACACAUAGACAACAACACAUACAAGAUGCAAUUAAGAAAUAUUAAUUACUGAUUGCUUAGUAUUUUUUGUAUAUUUUACGAGAUAUAGUUUCUUUUGUUUGGGCACAUAUUAUUUUCAAGUGGAAAAAAUAGUUUUUCAAUGAAUUAUUUUUAAAAAAAAAUUGUGCUAUUCUAAGACUA